AUGGGAUAUAGCCAUUUUUUGGUUGAGAUGAAGAAUAAUAGUUUGAACUUAUUACUGUUGUGCAUAAUAUGUUAUCUAUUAUUAUUUUAUCGAGGGCCGUUUAAGAACGAAGUUGAGGGUGUGCAGCAACCUUUAGAAGGCAAGCCGGAUGCAAGAUAUUUGUUUGUAAACACUUCGCAAUGCCAGAUGAUUGCCAUGGAUGCCCUGUCGCCCAUGGCGCAACACUAUAUGACACCCAUGCCCAUUUAUUGGUGCUACAUGAUCAAAUUGAUGGAGGCCAAGACAAUUGGGGGACGAAAUUACCUACAGUUGGUCGCUGGUGCAAAAGAACUUUGGGAGAAGCUAGGAGUUCGGAGGUUAAGCGAAAUCUCCUGUGCCUACAAUCGCUUCGAGCGAUCAAACGACUAUCUCAACAAGUACUUGGAAUCGAAAGUCUUUCGCUUUAGUCGGUGGAGUAAUUUCACCGAGGUUAAAUCGGGCAAUAUAACACUGCGUGUCUGGUGCUGGAUGGACUUUGGUCGUCUGGUAUAUCACGAUGUCCUGUUGUUCCUGCCAUUGCCAGAGGACCAGAUAAGAAAAGCCCCCAGCCCCGAAGAGCCUGUGAAACGACUUUCCGUUUUGAUCCUAGGCAUUGAUUCUAUUUCGCACAUGCACUACCUUCGUUAUUUCAGUCGAGUAAUGGACUUCCUGGAUCGUCUGCCGCACGUAGAGUUCUGGGGCUACAAUCGGAUUGGCCGAAACUCCUAUCCCAAUCUGUUACCUCUACUAAGUGGUCAGAGUGUGGAUGAGGUGGAAUCACGAAGGGGUUGCUUUGGGGCAAACCAUAAGAUUAGCUUCGACCGAUGCCACCUCCUGUGGAAAGACUUCAAGAAGGCUGGUUAUGCCACCAUUUUUGGGGAGGAUUCUCGUGUGGGUGCCACCUUUAAUUACGCAAGACCCGGUUUUAGGCGCCAGCCCACCGACUUUUAUUUGAGAAGCGUAAUGAACGAGAUCCACACGUGGACCAAAUAUUUCGCCAGAGGUCCUAAGGAAAUAACCUGCAGUGCCGAUCGAGUGUAUCAUCAUGUUCUAUACGACUUUAUCUACCGCUUGUUGCCCCAUAUGCAGGCAAGAUGUUUCGAUCGGGGAUUCUUUGCCUUUUUCUGGCAAACAAUGGGUGUCCACGACUAUUUUCAGUACGCCGAACAGACAGAUUUGCAAUACUAUUUGAUCCUACGUGCCAUGCAAAGACGAAAUAUCCUGGAAAGAACCUUAGUUCUGAUUUUAUCCGAUCAUGGUCUGCGUUAUGGUCCUUUUGUGAAUUCAUUUCAAGGAAUGAGGGAAACCUCACUGCCAACAUUGGUGGCCAUAUAUCCACGAUGGCUGGCUAAAAGGUUUCCCCUGGCUGUAGAAAAUCUUCGAGCCAACGCCCAUCGGCUGGUGACCGCCUAUGAUAUUCACGAGACUCUUAAGGAUGUGGUGAAUCUGGAGAACCUAAGCGAUGAGCGAAUUAGGAACCGAACCUUGCGAUUGCGAAAUGAAUACAAUGUCUCCUUAUUCCUGCCCAUUCCCGAGGAGCGGAACUGCUUUUCCGCCCGAAUUCCACUGCACUACUGCGAGUGCGAUGGAUUCAUCAAGAUACCUUGGAUUGCGAAGAGAGUCCAAAAGAUUGCCAAGUUCGCCGUGGAGAGCAUCAAUAAGAUGCUACUUCCCUAUAAACAGUGUCAUCAGUUGGAACUUCUCAGAGUAGAGGACGCCUAUCUUAGGAAAAUGGAGAGGAUCAGCGAUGCCAUCAUCGUUCGUGUGGUGACCCAACCGGGAAAUGGACACUUCGAUGCUACAGUGCUUACCAAAAAUGAUAGUUCUCUACAGGGAGCUAUCACAAGAACCGAUCAAUAUAGGCAUCAGUCUUUCUGCGCCAGAGAAGAACCCAUCGAGAUCUACUGUUAUUGUUCUUAA